AUGACAAAGACUGAUGUCGGCCAGAUGAAGUCUGAGUUGUCUCAAAUGAGGGCAGAGAUGCUCCAGCUCAGUACCCAUGUCGAUCGACUUGGGCCAAACGACCCAUCCAACAACCUGAAUCGGUUGCAAAGCGAUGUUAAUCAGCUUCACCUUGACGUUCACCAACUUUAUACAACGAUUCUUGCUACGAGGACUGAUUUGGGUGAGAUUCAGGCCGCGGUCGGCCAUAUCAAGACCAAGAUGAGCCACACCGAACGAGUCCGUUUCAACUCCUUAGCACAUACUGUACAUGCGCCAAUCACCCCCGUCCCGGUCGUGGAAAAUGACGGAUCCGUCAGAUGGCCGGAAUACUUUCCCAGGACUAUAUGGAAAUUUUGGUGCUUGAAGCGAAGAAAUAGAAUUCAUCGACUCGUUGAGCUCGCCGAAUUUUACCAGCUUGAAGGCUACCAAUACUGGGGCCGUAUGCCACAAACUCACGAUCCAGUAUUCCCAGAAGAUGGGUACUUGAGCGAUUCUAGUGACUCAACCGACCUACCAUCUGAUUUUACUCUUGCAGAAGCCACUAGGCUCUUCCCUGAAGCUUGUCACCAAGCUUUAGCUGCAACUCUGGGUCUGGUGUAUUACAAGAUCCGAAAUGAAGUCGGUGAAGGACCGAAUCAGCGCCUCAUCCCAGCUCGUCAAAAACGCGGCCAUGACGAACUGGUUUCUCUGAACUCGGCGAAUCCGAAACCAUCCAAACUAUCUCGACGAUCAAAUGAUUUGUCUCCAACAAAUUUGCACAAAAUCAUCACUGGUGGCCCAGCCAUUGACGCCAACUCAAUCGUUUCGGAAGGCCUGGACAAGCUGGGCUGGAAUGCGAACGGAUCUCAGGCAUCGGAUGAAGCAAUGAAUAAGCUCAAGGGCAUGGUGACAGAUGAGGUCAACUCCAUCCUGAUUAAAGCAUUAGAACGUGGUCGCGUCAAGCUUCAACCGAGUCAUAUGGAAAUCGGGAGUGGGUCGCCAAUUGGCUCCUCAAAGUCAGGCGUUCGACGACAAUUGAAUGGUGCUGAGGAUCUCGCUGGCUCCGGUGAUGAAGAUAUGCACACCGUUGCCACUGAAAUUAUCUCCCCUAUAUCUCAUAAUGAGGAUCGUUAG